AUGAAAGACUCAUAUAAUUCCAACUUCAUACAGAUUGAUGAAUAAAUAUACAAAAGUAAAUCAGGAAAUAACGUAAUAAUAUUGGAAAAUGUGAACAAAGCAACCUUUGUUAAGCUUUAGAACUUAAAAAAUAUAUAAAACGAAAUGGCAGAAAAAUAAUAUAAUUAAGGGUAUAUUAUAAAAAUAGGGGAUCUUAUUUACAAUCAAGAUAAAUAGAUAACAGAAGUAUGGUUGUAAAAUUAGGAUUAUUUAAAAUAUAUUAAAAAUAUAAGAGCACUUGAUGAAUAUCUAAAAUGUGAGCUUCUCAAUUCAGCUUGUGUUUUAAUCAAUAUUUUAUUUUAAAAUCAAUAUGAAAUUUUACCAAAACUUACAAACGAAAACUUUUUUUUUGAUAGUGAGAAAUUAAUGAUAAGUUUCCUUACUGAUAACUUUAAACAAGAUAAUUAAUAUACUAUUUAUAAUGUAAUUGCUGAAUUAAUGAUUCAAAUAAUAGAGAAUAAAUCAUGUUUACUACAUCAAGAAAUAUAUGAAUUUUAUCAAAAACAAAUUUAGAAAUUAUUUAAUAAAGAAAACAUUUCCUCAUUUUUAUAAGAAUACUCAUAUAGCUAUGAAACUAUUAGGAAAAAAUUUAUUAAUAUGUAAAUAUAAUAAAUUAUAGUUUUAGGCCCAUUUUACCUUCCUAAUUAUAAAUAACAAUUCCCAAAUAUGAUUUAAAUUAAUCUAUCAGGUCAAACAUAAGCACUAGUCAAAGUUUAUCAAAUCUUGAUAUGCAAAUUCUAUAACAAUAAUAAUAAUUAUAAAAUAAAUUUAUUUCAAAGGGAGCAUAUUAAGAUUAAGCAGAGUUUUAUAAAUUGGAAAUUCUAAAAAAUAAAAAUUUUAUAUAGAAAGUUGAAGAAAACUAUCUUUACUACUUUGAUUUAGAAUUUUUAAAAUUUUUAAAAAGGAUAUAUUCUGAAAUGUAUUUAGAUUUAAAUGAAAAAUAAAUGAGGAAAAUUGAAAAGAUUUAAAAAUUGAUUGACUUAUAAGAUUAAUGUUAUCAAAUGGAAAUAGACAGAAACUAUUAAAUACCAAAUCUAGUUGAUUUAAAUCAUACUUAUUAAUAUUAUGUUUUUAAGCAUAUGGAAGAUUAUUAUAUUUAAUAGAAAGACAAAGACUAAUUGAGUAAUUUCAGGGCUAAAAAUAGUCAGAUUAUAUCUAAGUUGAAUAAAAUAGACGAGAGUAAAUUUGAAUUUAAUUAAAUUUCAAAUAACUUUGAAACAUAUGUUCAUCAAGAAAGAUGUUCUUUUCUAAAAUGGUUUUUUUUGGGUGGCAAUGAUGCAUUAAAUAAUUUUAUUAAAAACUAAAAUCUGUAAAAAAAAGAGUAAUAAGUUGAUCGAGAAAGUAUUAUUUAGGAUUAUAAUAAAAAAGUAAAUUAUUCUGAUUUUAAAUAACUUUAUUUAUAAGAUGCAGAAGAAUUCCAAAUAGGAUACGCAGUAGAUCAUAAAAACAAUUAUUAUAAAGGGGUUUUCUAAAAUGAAUAACUUAUAUUUGGAGAUAUAUUAUAAGUUUAAGAAAAUAAAAUAUUUCAUUACGAGUCUGUCAGCAAUUAAAAUAAUUAAAUUUGUGGGAAAAAAAGUAAAAAAACUGUAUAUUUUCUAAUUGUCUAAGCAGAGAAACAAGAGAUCUAUGAGGGUGAAAUUAAGAAUGGAUAAUAUUUUGGAAAAGGGUAGCUAAUAAAAAUUCAAGAAAAUACUAUAUAUGAAGGAAAUUUUCUAAAUGGAUUACCAGAAGGCAGAGGAGUAAUUAGGGUUAAAGAUAAGGGAUUCUUUAAAUAUGAAGGGAAUUUCUAACAAGGAGAGUAUGAUGAUGAUAAUGGAAAAUUUUAUAUAAAUAUUGAUUAGAAUUCUUAUAAUUUAGAAACAUGGAAAGUUUCAAAAGGGAAGAAAAUUAAAAGAAAAAGUUGUAAAAAAAUAUCAAAACACAAUUUUUAACAGAACGCUAUAUGA